AUGCAGGGCCCAUUCGGGAACGCGAGCCGCGGGCUGCCGGGCGGGCCGCCCUCCACGGCGGCGGCCGGGGCGGGCCGCUGCGAGAGCGGCGCACUCAUGCACAGUUUCGGCAUCUUCCUGCAGGGGCUGCUCGGCGUCGUGGCCUUCAGCACGUUGAUGCUCAAACGCUUCCGAGAACCAAAGCACGAGAGGCGGCCGUGGAGGAUAUGGUUUUUAGACACUUCCAAACAAGCCAUAGGCAUGCUCUUCAUCCACUUUGCGAACGUGUACCUGGCAGAUCUCACGGAAGAGGACCCUUGUUCACUGUACCUCAUCAACUUUCUCCUGGACGCCACCGUGGGCAUGCUGCUCAUCUACGCCGGGGUGCGCGCCGUCAGCGUCUUGGUGGAGUGGCAGCAGUGGGAGUCCCUGCGCUUCGGCGAAUAUGGAGACCCUCUGCAGUGCGGAGCCUGGGCCGGGCAGUGCGCGCUCUACAUCGUGAUCAUGAUCUUUGAGAAGUCCGUCGUCUUCAUCGUCCUCCUGAUCCUGCAGUGGAAGAAGGUGGCCCUACUGAACCCCAUUGAAAACCCAGACCUGAAACUGGCCAUCGUCAUGCUGAUCGUCCCCUUCUUUGUCAACGCGCUGAUGUUCUGGGUGGUGGACAACUUCCUCAUGAGGAAGGGGAAGACGAAAGCUAAGCUGGAAGAAAGGGGAUGCAGCCAGGACUCGAGGAACGGGAGCAAGGUCCGCUACCGAAGGGCCGCGUCCCACGAGGAGCCCGAGGCCGAGGUCCUGAUCUCGGCUGACGACGAGAUGGAGGACUCGGACGUGGAGGAGGACCUUUGCAGACUGACGCCCCUCAAGCCCGGGAAGAAGAAGAAGCACCGCUUCGGGCUGCCCGUAUGACACAUUCCCGGGCUGGGGCGACAGGUCAGGGCUCCGCGGCGUCUCCCCUCCCCCUGCUCUCCACCCUCCUUCUACCUCUGCCCCUCUUGCUGUCUCUGCCUGCUCUCCGCCUGCCCCAGGCUACUGUGACUUACCACAAGGGAAGAGGGACCAGCGCCUCGAGGGCCCUGGGCAGCUGGAGGUCCCCCACUGAGUUGCACUACAAACACUGACCAAAUAUGCAAGCGAGGAGUUCUGUUUGUGUGUUGUAGUCCCGAGCAGCAUGGCGAGGGACCCGGAGCCGCUGCCCUGCGCGACCCGUGGCCGGCGGCAGAGAGCCCUGGCACCCGGCCACGGCACUGUGAGCACAGCGCGCUCGGGGCGCAGAGCCCACCCAGACCAAGCCGGAGCCGGGAAGCCUCCCUGCGCCGGGCAGCUUUGGUACUCGACUCCUGAAGCCGGUUUGAUGAGCUGUGACAGUGGCACUGUUUUUCCGAGGACGCGUCUAUUUCGUACAAAGUACCUAUGGGACUAACAGGCAAAACACAGAUUUCUAAGUCUUCCGUGUGCUGUUUGACUUUUAUAUUUUUAAGUUAUAUUUUCAUACUGUUGUAUUUAAAUACUCUUUUUAAUCCCCCCCAAAAUGGGCUUGUUUGCUUUCCAUGGGGUGUGAGCGGUGCGAGGACAAGCUGGGGGUGGGGGCGGCGCAGGCCCCGUGGCUGUGGACAGGAUGGGUUCUGCCAGGGCCCCCGAGUUCCUUGGCGCUUCUGCUGGCAGGGGUAGAGGUCCUGGUUGAACUUGACCAAGAAAGGAGCCCAGCAGCUCUUUGUGUCCAGAGGACGCACGACGCCCGGGCCCCUGCUGCUUGCUCCCAGCCCGCCCUGCGCAGUCUGCAGAGCCAGCUCUGGCCCGGCUCCAGGAGCCUCUGUUGUGCCGCUUGCUCUCGGAUGUCUGUCUACCCGGGGGGCCCUGUUUGACACGGCCCUGAGCCGGGAGGUAGCCGCAGCCAGGCUGGGUUGAGGGGAGAGUGGCUGGCCCACAGGCAGCACGAGGUGCCCCUCCGCUGUGUCCCCUCCUCAGCGUGACCACCGGCCACAUCCACCACCUGCUGAGUGGCAGCAGAAAGGGCUGAGCCUGUGGCUCUCCCUGCUGUGGCAGGGGCCCGGUGGAGCUGCAGGUGCCCCUGAGAGGAGCAGGAAGGGUCACUGUGUGGGAGGAGGUGACUGCUCGUGCAGGCCUCGUGGCCAGAGAGGAGGGGAGGCCUGGGUCUUUUCCCACGCGGUCUCUAGUGGGGCUGGGCGUGGGGCCAGACUGUCUACUAAGUCGCACCUGGGGAGACCUGGCUGCCGCUCCCUGUGAGAGGGUCAGCCCGCCCGCCGCGGCAUCACUGGCGCAGUCCUUGCUCCCCCUCCUGUUUCAGGCUGGUUGGAGCAACCUGUGUCCUGCACCUUCCUGGAGCUCACGGUCAGGACUUGGUUUUUCGCUGGCGUCUCGCGCUCCUGGGGUUCCCAGCUGGGGCAAGGGCGGAGAGCAGGUGGCGGAAGCUGUGCUCCGUCGGUCUCAGGUGGGCUCUCCAGGCAGUGGUGGCAGGGAGAGGUAGCGAGUGAGUGGUGGGUUUCCCCUUCUGAUUUUCACUGAGGGCUUUGGCCUGUGCCGUGGCUGUGUGUGGCUAAGCAGCACGUGGGGGUCUGACAGAGCCUGGGUGGCGAGGCCUUACCCUGCUCCUCUGCGGGGGUGCGCGCACGCACACGUGUGCACACACACACAGUCUGUGCCCCGCCCCCAGCCCAGUUGUACCUCCCGCAGCUGUUCUGUGAGCGCGACCCCAAGGGCAGGUCAGUCUGUGGUCAGCGCUUCCUCUCUAGCCCCGGAUGAGUUCCUCCCCGCCUGCCCCAAGGUGCCUUACAGGGUGGCCGGCAGCACCGAGCUUCAGAGACGCUGGGACGCCACCUGGACGUUGUGCUCUGUCGGUCUGAUUUGUUGAAAUCGGGACGCUAGGCGAGCCCCCCACGAUGGGAACUUGCAAGGUAGAGUCACGAACGACUUUGUUGUCACCGUGGAAAUAAGCCGUUGAGGCCGAGCUGUCACAUGUGAGUGCAAGAGACGGUUGUCUGCUGGCCGUGGCGCACAGCUUCCUGAAGGCGUGCAAGGUGAGGGCUGUGGCCACUCGGGUAGCCCUGGAACCUGCUUGAACCUGCGCCCUCCCUGGCAGCGCAGUCACGGGUUAUGUCACUGCCACGCCUCUUUGUUCAGGGAAAGUACGGGAAGGCUCGGGUGUGAGCUGUAGCUCCCCUUCGGCCGUGAGGGCCCACAGGCAGCAGCCCUGCACGCUGCAGUCCACUGGCCUUUUUGCAGCUGGGCCAGGCCACGCCGCUCUGGGAGCUUCGUGCCCGUCACCUCUGGAGCACGGGGCUGGCUUCUAGAAGUUUCCCACACUUGCAGCCAAGAGCACUGAGCUGUUUUCCCCCGUGAAGGGCUUGGCUGUCAGCGAGGGACUUCCCUGGCCUGCCGUGAGCACCGGGAGCUCCUGGGUUGGUCGGUUCGUUGGUUGGAAAUCUGAUUUUUCUUCUCACGAAGUGUGUUGGAAGUCAGACCUGUAUGAGCAGAGCCGUGGCACUGUGGGCCGUCUUCCCGGCAGGGGUGGGUGUGAGAUUCACAGAGCACGUCCUUGAGACAAAAGGGAAACUGACGUACUUACAUUGUAAAAUGGUUUACAAUAAAGUUUGACGUCUUAUUACAGUUUUUAAAAAAAACUAUCACGUUUGUGGCUGUCAGUUGUAUGUUCUCUGGAGUCAAAACAGCUCAGUGAGAUAAAAAAAAAAUGUCCCCUAUGAGCUGUGAGGUUCUCCCCAGGAAGCAGAGAAUGAACCUUGCCCAGCCUCACAGCAGCGGCGGGAGCCAGGAUCUACCAAGGGCGCCUGGCGUUUGGUGGCGCAGCGCAUCGGUCACCUGUGACCCCGGCAUCACACGAGAGUGCCCGUCCAGGUCCUUGCUGCCCACUUAUUCACCUGGGAAAGCAGCAGACGGUGGCCUAGGUGCUUCAGGUCCUGCCCCCCACACGAGAGACCUGGAUGGGGCUCCUGGCUCCUGCUCCUGGCUUUGGCCUGGCCUCUAGAUGACCAUUGCCGGCCUUUGGGAAAUGAAGCAGAAGGCUCUCUCUCUCGCUCCUCCCUUCCCUCCCUCUUUCCUUUCCUCCCUCCAUCUCUAUCACUCUACCUUUCAGAUGAUUUUUAAAAAUCUACCAAGGGCUAAAACCAAGCACACUGUUGCCUUUCCACUUCUGUGCUGAUGAGGGUCCAAGCUGGUGGGCUCCUAAGGAGCGAGAUGUGUCGGGGAAACGGUGUGUGAGGAGUGAACUUGCACGGCCUUGUCCUUGAGACCGUGGGGCUGGGAGGCAGGAGCCUCCCCAGGCCAAGCCAGCAGCACCGGGUACCAUCCGGAAUAGCACCCUGGAGCUGGCAGAAGGGCCCUUGGGAGGCCUGGCCUGGCCUCAGCUGCCUCUUGGCCUCUGUCCGGAGUCCCGGAUGCUCCUGCGGUCAGCACUUGUCUCAGCCCGAGCCUGGCUGUCGUCGCAU